UAGAUACCCAGCUCUAUCCUUUUUCUUACAGCAUUUGAAAUAGUUAAAAAGAGACAGAACAGACAGUCAGUCCUCUUUUUUGCUGCAAAGAAAAAAAAAUAUCCUUGUUGUAGGAGGUGGUGCCAAUAUGACUUGACUAUUCUGAACUGGCAGUAAAACAAAGAGGGUGAUUUGUAGUCUGGACAGUGAUUAGUGAUAACGGUUUCCCCUCCACACUGGCAUAGUGCUAUGAGCUUCUCAGGCAGAUUUGCCUCUAUCUGUAUAUUAAGCAUGUUAGCUUUUUUUUUCUUUUGAAGGAAGGAUUUUUGCUCUGGGGCUAAGUUUGAAGCCAAUUUUACUGCUUGGAUGAUUACUGAAGCUACUAUCAUUUUGGAGCUUAUUUGACAGCACCUGUCCCACCCACCAAGCUAUUCUGUCUUUCCAGCUCCCUCUCUCUCUCUCCUCUUCUCAGAAGGAGGUGUGUGAUGGAAUAAAAACAAGAGAAUAUUUUGGCAAGCGACGGUGAAUUGUUUAACCCACCUUUUCUCCCCCACCCCACAUCGAUCACCCGCCUACAAGCGUUUAAGGUGAAAUUUGGAUGGGAAAGAAUUUGGUGGAAGCUACUUCCCACUUGCAAGUUAUGGAGACAGCACCCACCUGCAACCGGAAUACUUCCCAAGAUUCUUUAAGAACGCCUGCUACAUAUCUGCAACUUUAAUGACCCGAACCUUGCCAACUGAGUCCAGAGGAAGGUACCACAGGCACCAUAAACUCAAAGCACAAGACACAUAUCAGAGCUCCCUCAUCCUAUAGCUGAAAGCAAUUACCAGGUGGAAAUGUGCCUGGUCGUCUGCUCGAGAAGUGUCCAGGGGAAGCCUCCUACUGCUGACUGAUCACUGGGAGUGAAGCACAAAAAAACAAAGUAUGAGGCUAAAGCUGAGUGUACUGGAGGUCUGCCACACUGUGCUCUGCAUUGGGUUAAUGCUCUGUGGAGAGGGAGGGGUUUCCUCAGUUCUUGCCUUGGGAGCCAGCAUUAUCUGUAGGAAGAUGCCAGGCCUGUCACCCCGUCAGAGGACCAUCUGCGAGGCUCGUCCUGAUGCCAUGAUUGCUGUAGGUACAGGAGCACGCUUGGGUAUUGAAGAGUGUCAGUAUCAGUUCCAGAACAGUCGGUGGAACUGCACCUCUCUGGGAGAACAAAGUGUCUUUGGACAGGAGCUAAAAGUAGGAAGCCGGGAAACCGCAUUUUACUAUGCUAUCCUGUCGGCUGGUAUUGCCCAUUCCAUCACUAACGCAUGCAGCCAAGGAAACCUCACAUACUGCGGCUGUGACAGGGAGAAGAAUGGCUACCAAGAUCCAGAGAAAGGGUGGAGGUGGGGUGGAUGCUCAGCUGAUGUAAAAUAUGGGAUCCGCUUCUCCAGAGAGUUUUUGGAUGCCAGUGAAGUGAAGCGCAAUGCCCGCACUCUAAUGAACGUUCAUAACAACAUUGUGGGGAGGAAGCUGCUGGAGAAGAACAUGCGCUUGGAGUGCAAAUGCCAUGGAGUAUCAGGGUCCUGUACCUUGAAGACAUGCUGGGUGACACUGCCUCACUUCCGAGAGGUUGGCUAUGCUCUUAAGGACAAGUACGAGCAGGCUGUUAUGGUGGAGGCUGUGAGAGGUAGGCGCCAGCUUGUGCCCACUUUCCUCAAACUUAAGAUCCCUCAAAAUAAUAGCAAGCCAGCAGAGACUGAUCUGGUGUACGUAGACCGCUCACCCAACUUCUGUGAGAAGGACAAUGCCACGGGCAGCAUUGGCACCUAUGGACGGUUCUGCAACCGUACGUCAACUCAAGCCGACAGCUGUGAGCUCUUGUGCUGCGGCCGUGGAUACAAGACUUUCCAGUAUACUCGCACGUGGCAGUGCCACUGCAAGUUCCACUGGUGCUGCCAUGUGACUUGCAGCACUUGCAGUGAAAGGACGCAGGCCUACACGUGUAAUUAAACAGAUGGAAGGCCUCUGGCUAUGCACUCCUGUAAAAGCUCAGGUGGUGUAGCAAGCACUGAAGGACAAUUGUUAGCCGCUGAAAGGAAAGAACCCGAUGAGCGACGUAAGAAAAGAGAAGCAAAUGAAAGCAUAUGAUCGGCUUUGUAACCAUAUGUGCACACUGAUACCGAUAUCUUAGCAAUCUUUUUCUAUAUGCACGGCACUGCUAGGUUUAAUACAUUACCUAACAGCCACUGUCCAUUUUGACACUCAGUUAGUGAGUGACAGCUCCUCAGAGGUGGGGCAGAGGUCUCAAUGCUCCAGUAUGAAAUCAUAGAGUCACUUUAAUACAUUGCUCAUACAUAGAAAAUUAUAUAAAAUGCACAGGCAUUAACAGCCGGCUGCAGGAAGCUAUUUGUUCUUGCACUGCUCACUUCCUGGCCUGCAGGUACAACAAUAAUUCCCUCCUCCAACUGACUUUAAAAUGUCACAUGCAAUAUAUUUUUAUGUACAUUGUUUUUUUUAAAAAAGUUUUUAUUUAAUGCUUUAACAGUUAAAAGAAUUAGGUAAAGCAAGAAAAAAAAAAGAGUAGAGCUAGAAAAAGUACAUAGCCAAAUAAGCCAUUGCGAGUCAUAUCAAUUUGUACGGAUUGAACAUUCAACCAAGUGUCCCAUAUUGCGUUAAACUUAUCUGGCAUCCUCUUUACAAAUAAACCAACUUUUGUUUCGGUAA